AUGCAGCGUGGAACUUUAAUACUUGAAGAUGAUUCUAAAUUCAAUGGUUUUGUAUUUGGAGCGUCAACUAAUGCUACCGGUGAAGUCGUCUUUCAAACUGGUAUGGUCGGUUAUACUGAAUCAUUGACUAAUUCAUCUUAUUGUGGAAAAAUUCUAGUCCUUACUUUUCCAGUUAUUGGCAAUUAUGGUGUACCUGAUGGCAAAGCUGUUGAUGAUUUUGGUAUACUUCGAUGGGUUGAAUCAAAUAAAAUUUAUGCAUCAGGAUUAAUUGUUAGUGCUUAUACACAACAGUAUAGUCAUUGGAAUGCUAUUGAAUCUCUUUCAUCAUGGCUAAAAAAAAACAUAAUGUUUCUGGUCUUUAUGGCAACAACCAUGGCUCAAUAUCAACCAACUGUUUUAAUUACUACUCAACAAGCUCAUCCAUGGACAAUCAGCGUUUUCAAUGGAUUAAAUGGCAAUGUUCUUCUUACAUUUAAAUCUGAUGCACCAGUUGCACGUCAUGGUCUGUUAUGUUCUCGUGAUCAUAUCUAUGCUGCUGCAAUUGAUCGUCCUUCAAUUUAUGUUUGGAAAUUAAAUAGUCGAAAUCGAGAUUAUAAAAAAAUAACAGUUGCAGGACCUAUUAAUUCAAUGAUAUUUAUUCGUGAUUCAACUAUCUUAGCUUGUGCAAUAGGAAAUAAAAUAUUUCUUUAUAAACUUGACAAUGGUCAACAUUUAAUAACACUUUCAGCACAUAUUCGAACAAUAAAUCAUUUAUUAUUUGAUGAAGAUCAAGAUUGUUUAAUAUCCGUUGGUGAAGAUAAUCUUAUUCAUCGAUGGAAUAUUGAAGAAAUAAGUCCUGAUCGCAAUCUAGAUAUUUCUCCAUCGAAAUCAUUUCAAGGUCAUACAGGUCCUAUUCAUGAUCUUUGUCAAAUAUCAAUUGGAAAAUUUCAUUUACUUUUAACUGCUUCAAGUGAUCUUAGUGUUCGAUUAUGGGAUAUUGUUACAGGAAAAUGUUUAUGUACAUUUUUAUUUCCAAAUGAAAUUCAUUCAAUAUGUGCAUCAUCAUUUUCAACAACAAUUUAUUGUGGUACAGAUACUGGUACAAUUUUUAUUGUUCCAUUACAAACAUUAACAACACAAUUUGGAGGAAUUCAACAUCAAAAUCCAACAAUAACAAUUGAUAAUAAUAAUUCAAAACAACUAAAUCAUCAUCAAGGUUCUGUUAUAUCACUUCGAUUAAGUGCUGAUGAACAGAUUUUAUAUUCUGGUAGUCUUGAUAAAGAUUGUGUCAUGUGGGAUUUAUCAUCAGGACAAAUACGUUUCAAGAAAUCAUGUUCAAGUCCUGUAACAAAUAUUCUUCUUGCUAAAAUUGAUACUGAUGAUAUUAAUGAAGGGUCAACUAUUUCUAUUCCAUUUAGUAAUUUUUCGAAUGAAACACAUGAUGAAGUUGUAUCACAUACUAUUGCAACUCGAAAUGGUUCUAUGCAAAGACCAAUAUCUGAUCAAGAUUCUAUCAAAUUCAUUCCUAUGCCACCGGUGAAUGGUGAAUCAGAUGAAUCAGCAUCUAUGGCAGCACCAACAUUUGUUCAAAUGGCUCGUUUAUUACUUGAACAACAAAUGAAUUCAUCUUAA